AUGUUUGGUAGAGUAUUACGGUCGCGCAGUACCCUACUCGGAAACCCGUUAAUUCGGUCUUCAUUACGGACGUCUCGUCUUUGUCUGCGCCCUUUGAUAUUGUCAUUGACCGCUGGCACGAAACGUCUUUCUUCAACCGAGGCAUUUUCUCUUGCGCAAGACCAACAUGACUUGAACGAGCGGAAGCAGCUUGAGAUCAAGCAAAAGACACGGAAGCUACCUCUUUCAUGCCCUGGCUGCGGUGCUCCAAGUCAGACAGUUGCUCCUGAGGAGGCAGGCUUCUAUACUUUGAGUAGGUCUGCUGUCAAGAAAUUUGUUCAGGAUGAUACGAAACAAGAAGACCUCAUCUUCCACGCAAGUCUGGACAAGGUUACCAACGAAGUCCUGCAAGAGCUAGGUCUGAACAACAGUCAUCUAUCUGCUCAAGAAGAGCCCCAAAACCAGACUCCCGUCUGCGAUCGAUGCCACAACCUCUUACACCACCACACCGGCGUGCCAAUUUUCCAUCCCUCAAUCGACAGCAUCCGUAGCAUAAUCGAGGAUUCGCCUCACAAGAACAAUCACAUCUACCACAUUCUCGAUGCCGCAGAUUUUCCCAUGUCGCUUAUCCCGAAUCUUCUGAACCGCCUCGAUCUUCCUGCCCUACGUACACAAAACCGCCGUUCCAAACACCGCAAAUAUGUCCGCGACCGCAUCGCUGAUGUUUCGUUCAUCAUUACUCGCUCCGAUCUCCUUGCCCCGAAAAAAGAACAGGUCGAUGGUCUGAUGCCAUACCUUCGCGAGACGCUUCGUGACGCCCUUGGUCGCACCGGAAGAAAUGUCAGACUCGGAAACAUGCGAUGUGUGAGCUCGAAGCGUGGCUGGUGGACAAAAGAAGUAAAAGAAGAUAUAUGGGACAGGGGUGGAGCGGCUUGGAUGGUCGGCAAAGUCAAUGUGGGCAAAAGUAAUCUGUUCGAGGUUGCCUUUCCCAAAGGCAGAGGACAAGAGAAGCUUUCCACACCUCUGCAAGCAGACCUAGAGCCAGAUACCUCGUCAGUCCCCGAGGGUCUGAGUGAACCCCUGUCUGAUCUCCCUGACAUCCAGGAGGCUGGGGCGCACACCGCCAAUCUCACUGCCAGUGCAUCUGGUGAUGCUCCGAUCGAAGCCCAGCCAGAAAUCAACGAUCAGAACGAACCAGACGUCUUUGAUGUCGAAGAAGGCUCGCUGCUUCCUCCUGCUCAGCUCGAGGUUCCCUACCCUGUCAUGCCCGUCAUCUCGUCUUUGCCUGGAACCACAGCUUCACCGAUCCGCGUGCCAUUUGGUAGCGGAAAGGGCGAGCUUAUCGAUCUUCCUGGUGUGGCCCGAUCUAAUCUGGAUGAGUUUGUGCUUCGCGAACAUCAGCAGGAUCUCGUCAUGCGUUCACGUGUAGUUCCCGAGCAGUUGUCCAUCAAGCCAGGUCAGUCGUUAGUACUAGGGGGUGGUCUAAUCCGCAUCACUCCCACGACGCCUGAUUUGGUGUUCUUGUCAUACACUUUCUUGCCUCUCCGUCCUCACAUUACAUCUACCGAGAAGGCUGUGGCUAUCGCUAGUGGCGAGAGAGCGACUGGACUACAUACAAUCAUGACCAAGGGGGCUCGUGAACAGAUGGCCUCAGCAGGAACAUUCAGACUAGAGUGGGAUGUGACCAAGCAGCGUGCUGGCCCACUGACUACCAAGUCGGCUGCUAACAUCAAGCCCGAACAGCUGCCUUUCAAGGUACACUCGGCAGAUAUUCUGAUCGAGGGCGUUGGCUGGGUUGAGCUCGUCGCUCAAGUACGAAAGUCAGACAAGCGCAAACCUGCCCCCAGGCCUUUGUUGGAGAAGUUCUCGGAUACGGAUGCCGCGUCCGACUCAGCAGAUUCAGAAACGACUACUUGGAAGCCUAUAGGUACACCAGAGGAGGAUCUUGUGCAGGAUACUGUUCCACAAGUCGAGGUCUUUUCGCCUAAGGGCAAGUUCAUUGGAGUUAGAGCCCCUAUGAGUGCGUGGCUGCUUGGUGGUAAGAAAGCACCGACUGCCAAUACUCGAAAGAGUAGACCUAGACAGAGUAUGAAGAGUCUGAAACACAGUCAACGUGGUAGAGAAGCCCAAAGAGAGGGCUGA